AAUUUCUUCAUGACAAUGAACUCAAUUUAUCAAAUUCCUCCUAUGAUCACCAAAGCCAGCAAAGUUGACCUUGAAGCUGGAAACGUUGACCAAAUUCAGUGCCGUAUUUGCCUUGAAACUGAUGGUAGGUAUUUUAUCGCACCUUGUAAAUGCAGGGGUACAUCAAAAUAUGUUCACCGAGGAUGCCUUGAUCAGUGGCGUGCUGUUAAGGAAGGAUUUGCAUUUUCCCAUUGUACGACUUGCGAGGCCCCUUUUUACUUGAGAGUUAACGAUCUUCAGAGAAAAUGGAGAACCUUAAAAUUCCGGUUCUUUGUGACCACAGACAUUUUAUUCAUCUUUCUCGCAGUUCAGCUUAUUAUAGCUUCAUUGGGAUUUCUAGUGUAUGUGAUUGAUAAACACCAGAUGUUUUGGCUUAAUGUGCAUUGGGGGUUUGGUAGUGAACUGAGCUUCUAUUACAUAUGCGGUAAAACAUAUUCAUAUGCAGUAGUUAUCAACAUUAAUUUAUGUAUACUUGUCGAAUUGUUAUCUGAUUAGCUGACCAAUCCAGAAUAAUGCACACAUGUUCAGAUACAGUUGUUAUCUGCCCAUGUUGACAUGUAACUUCGGUCCCAAGAGGUCUGAUAGACCUGAUUUUCCCUCCUGGUUUUGGAAUUAUAUGUCUUAUUUAGUUGUAUUGGUAAAUGAGAUUUGGUUGGGGAGGGGUGGUGGAAGAAUAUGAGAUAAACAAUAUUUACUUAGAUAUUCCAAAGUUUUCGCAUCGUAAGAGUGCAAGAUCCUUGCAUGGCUAUUCUGUUGGAACUUCGGACAGAAAGGUGCUAUUGUGUUGUCCAACUGUCCAUUCCUUGGAUUGCUAUAAAGCUAAUUAGCACCUU